AUGCACUUAACAGAAAAGUCCUUGGCCAUUGGGGACCUCAAGGCCCUUGAAUACUUUCAAUUCGCUGUAUGGCCUCUUUUCACCACUGCGGCUCAUCCUUGCCCACCACCCAUACCUCUCGCCAUGGAAUGUCAGCCGGUACUUCUGGCUGUAUGUGAGUUGGCCGAGGCGCAUCGCACACUGCGGGACAAGGCUGGGAGUAACACGGUCACCGCACCAUUUGAUAAAAGAAUGAGCUGCCUGGCUUCAGUCAGGGAGCAGCUUCGAACCAAUAAUUCCAAUAAUGCAUCACUUUCGCCCCUGCUGAUCGCAGUCUUUCUGCUCUAUUUUCUGGACGGGUUUAUUGAAUGUGGUCAUCCAUCUGCCUCGACAGCAAGUCACCACGUGGGCGUCCAAGCGAUUGUUGAUCACCUUGGAGGCUUUACAGCUCUUAUCAACAUGGGUCAGAAGGACAUCACUAUGUUGCUAUCAGAGUUUGCAUCUACAGACCUGACAAAGGCUCUGCUGGACGACCGAGCUCCUUGCUUUCCUGCUGAAAUCUGGACACAGAUAGAACACGGGACAGUGUGGUGGGACCAGGAAACCUAUAACGGAACGACACUUGCAUCAGUAUUUCGAAUACUUGCAGAAAUGUCACUGUAUCGCCAGCAGAUCAGAACAGACCCGGAGACAUUUGCAAUGGAAGUGGUACAAGCUUUUGAGCGGUGUCUACAGCCGUCAUUCCAGACUCUCAACCUUGACCACAUGGAAAAUUCCAAUGCCUACACUGUGCAUGAAUCGACGCUUGAACCAAGGAUGCAGGCUGAUUCCUUCACGCGUGCUUUUCAACACAGUGCACUCGUCUACCUAUACCGAGCAAUCUGUGGCCUUCCACCGAGGCAUUGUUUGGUGCAACAGCAUGUUCAGUCCUGUGUGGAGUGCAUCAAAAGCAUCUCGCCUCUUUCUAAGGCCCAUAACUGUAUAAUAUUCCCAUUGUACGUCAUGGGCGCCCACACUUUCCUACCAGAUCAGCAGGCCUUUGUUUUGGAGAGACUUGAUUUCAUAUACAAAUACUUACGCUUCAACGCUGUACUGUUGGUCCGCACAGCGUUGGAGGAUUUAUGGAAGUCACCGCGGCAUAAUGGGGACUGGUGUGACAUGUUUAGAUCUCUAGGUGAACACGUGCUUGUGAUCUAG